AAAUUGUUGCUUGGGGAAUAACAAACGAAUGCGCGCUCCGGGCCAUUGUUGACGUUUUGCUUCGAUUUGAAUCAAACCGAAGCCGUGCUUGGUGCCUUUUUGUUUUUUUUUUCGUUCGUGAACCGUAUUCGUUUUCUGUUAAAAUGAGUGAUUUAGCUAAUGUUUAUCACCUGUUCCAGAAUAAGUUUGAGGAAAAUGACUUCCAGUACUACAGCCCACCAUCGUACGUGCGCACGCUGACGGAGAACAGCGAGAAAAUAAUAUUCGCCUUUCGGAAGAAUCAAGACCUACCGCCCGAUACCGAUUGGGUGAAGAAGUCACCGAAAAGCAAUGCGUCCAACAGCCUAGAUCUUACCGGUUCUCCGCUGAAGGAUAUAAGCUUUGCCGAGUACGACGAUAUAGGUAUGUCGAUAGACGAAGCAAACGGGCCAACUUUUUCGAACCUGUGGACGCCCGAGGAGGAAGCGUACGGUCCGCUGGCAACGGAAAAGGCUCGCUCCAUACUGCAAAACUUUAUCAAUCUCGAUUGCCGCGUUGGACGGGGCAGCAUAUGGACGUUGUGCUGCGGUACCGACCCGGACCAGACGGUACUGCUUCAGCUGGCGAUAAACUGCGCUUCGAACAAUCAGCGACAGUUUACGCGUGGUGUUGUACGCUUUACCGGAAUGGAAGCGAACGGAAACAUUUCGUUGGCCCAGCUUAUCGGCGUGCAUCGAGAGCGGGCAGGCGAUGCGAUGAAGUUUAAUCCAAAGAUACAGAUUCAGCAGUGGUGUACGCUGAGCCCGUACAUAACCGUCCGGUUGUGUUGGAACACGAUGGGCGAAGGAGCUACGUUUGCCGUGGAAAGGAAUGCACGCGUUCGGUUGAGCCAGGAGUUUCCGGUCAACAAUGGAGCGUUCAGUCGCAGUUCUCGGGCGGAAUACUUCUGGCAGCAGCUGCAGCGAUUAGCGUUGAUGAGGGAGAAGAUAAUGGAUAUCCGUGCGAACCGGGCGAUCGGUUACGCACGUAACGAUCUCGGCGGAAUAGACGAGAUGGAUCUAGAGUACGUGAAGCAGAAGGUGUACAACAUUCUGUCGACAUUUUUGGCAGUGGAGCCCACCACCUACCAGUUUACAUCGAUCGCCGACAUGGUUUUCCAGGUGCAAAACCAUAAUCUCACGGAUGUGAUGGAGCGGCUGUACGAUGCUCUAACGCUAUGUGCCAACUACGACGAUCUGAAGGCAGCCAUCGAUUACAUCUUCCAUCUGUCGACCCAUUCUAAUAUUGUGAACGUCCCUACGAACGGUACCCGGUUUGCACAGCUCAUACUGGCAAUGAUCCAGGACCGGUUGGCCAUUCCAUCGCUGACCGGGUCGGAACCGUACGAGCUGCUGCUCGAGUGUGGUUUCAGCAAGCUAAUGAACGACUACCGUACGAUCUUUAGCGAGUGUGGUGUGUACGAGCUCGAGUUCGAGAAGCUCUUUCAACCCCAGGUGACCUGCACACGCAAAUCACGAUAUGCUGCCGGAUCGGGGCCCCAAACUGACCAUACUAACGGCACCAAGCGCAGUGCACUUCUGUUUCAACCUACCGUCGAGGAUCGCGGUCGGGAAAAGUCGAUCCUUUUGAGCAACUUCGAUGAGGAUGAGGUAAAGAUCCGGCUCAACCGACUGGCGCAGGUACAUCUGCUGCUGGAGCAUCUGCUGCUGCUGGAAAGUGUCGUUAACAUUCCGUCCAUAUACGGGCGGGUGUGUGAGCUGUACCUUAACCGGCAGCCGUACAGCUACGGUGAGAUUUACAACCGGAAGACCGAUCUGCUCGAGUUUGAUGUGGAUGAGUUUAUGUUGCUGAGCAAAGCGGAUCAUCUGCUGCCGUGCGCCAGGCGCGUGACGAUGUCGUCGGGUAAUUUGCUGCAAAAGUUGGAGACCGUGUUCUAUCAGAACACUCGGCCGCUGUUGCCGGAACGGUUCUAUCCACAGUUUGAGCGGAAGGAGGUGGACAGUAAGCAUGUGUUCUGGUGCUACGAGUACGAUCGCAUUGAGCGGCUUUGAAGAAGAAAUGGUGGGAGGUGUUUCCAUUAGAGUAAGUUUAAAGCGUAAGCAAAACAAAAAGGCUUGAAAUAUAUUUUUUAAAUAUCAUGUACAUGCUUUUGGAAAA